CGAAUUUCGCAAUCGUCUAAAACGACAUGCGUGGAGGGUGUUCAUACAAUCUGUAAUUAUGAUUUAAUGUAAAAUAAUUCACCAUGGAUUUAUUUGACAGAAGUGAUAUUCAGAAGUGUCUGAAACAUUUACGAGCGUCGAUUCAACGAGAUUCGUUGCCGUUGGACAGCGAAUUAUUACGAGAAGAUAAGAUUGUAAGCAGCAUUGACAAGAAGAACCUCCUUGACUACUUGAGUGAACAGCUGAUUGUAUCAGGCCAUACAGUUGACAUAGCAACAUCAUUCUCACCUUUUCUCCUUGACCUCUUGGAGAGGUCAUGCCAAAGGUCAUCUUCUUGUCAGUUUUCAUUGGAUCGUCAUGAGAGGCUAUGUGCUGCCUGUUCUCGGCUGGUUGGUUCCUUUCCAGAUGCUCAGAAGUUCAUCGAGAAGUAUCUUCAGACAUCACCCCCUGUCUUUGAGAGAUUGCUGAAGACCAAAUCAAAAGCAAAGAAGAACGCAUCUUAUCGUGACAUAGCUCAGACAGCAAGACGUCUUGUUGAACAUUCCCCUAACACAUAUGCAGAUAUGUGGGACUGGAGCCCAUUCCUUGGUCUUCUAGAGUCACAUGAUGUAGAAACAAGAUGGCAUGCAGCUAACACAGUGGCUUGUAUAACAAAGAUGGGUGGGAGAUACCGUUCUAAUCUUUUCUCAUCUCUCUUCACCAAAGAUGAAAUCUGCUCUUAUCAAUUAAGGGAUGCAGAGACUAUGAAUCAACAGAUAUGUAUGGAUCAGGGCAGCUCUGAGGUCACGACCUUUGACCCUGACCUUCACUCUGCUCAGAAGAACGAUGGUCAUGACCUCUUAGUGCAAGACCAUCAUGACAAUGUGGUGUCAGUGUGUGGUGUCCUUCUUCCCCGAACCAACGUACAGGAUACAGCUCAGACCUCAUUGCCCAAGCUGGUCCAGGUCCAAACAACCAAGAAGAACUUGCGAAGUCUGGCCCUGGCCGUCUCGGCAGGAAAUGGAGUCCUACUCGAAGGCCCAGUGGGAUGCGGAAAGACGGCCCUGGUGGAGCACCUUGCGGCCCAGACGGGUCGAACAGCGCCCCCAUUGAUCAUCAAGGUGCAGCUGGGAGACCAGACAGACAGCAAGGCUCUCCUUGGGACCUAUCGAUGCACGGAUAUUCCUGGAGAAUUCGUCUGGCAAGCUGGAGCCCUUACUCAGGCUGUGACCCACGGUCAUUGGAUCCUCCUUGAGGACAUAGACUACGCCCCGAUGGAUGUCAUCUCUGUCCUUCUACCGCUCCUAGAAUCAAGGUCUCUAUGUAUCCCGUGACAUGGUUUCCCCUUUCUA